CGCGAAAGCUUUGAUACUCCUCUGAACUGUUAUGUUUGGCGAAAAAUGAAGGUGCAUGUGUAUCACACUAAAAAUGCAAUAUUUCGAAAUCUGACACCGCAUGCCGACCUGUACGCCGAGUAAACGACGUGCUUAAAUCAUAUUUUUCUUUGAUUCCAACGGACUAAGCACUACCACGUCAUCUUCACAAGCUGAUCCGAAAGGCAGAGGAUAAUUACUCCCUCAUUGAAAUCUAAAGUCUAUUAACUAUUUUAACAUUUUGCAACAAAUCUAUUAAUAUUUCCAUAAGACUAGAUCUCUCCUUCUUCCAUUCACAUCACCAAAUAUGCCUCGCCGUGACGUCCACUUCCUCUCACUCCUCCUAGUUGCCGCCACCAUCUCCGCCGUCGCAUUCGCAGAGGAUGAAGCAGAUUGUGUCUACACAUUCUACCUCAGAACCGGAUCAACCUUCAAAGCCGGUACAGAUUCGAUCAUAAGCGCUAGAAUCUACGACAAAUACGGAGACUACAUCGGGAUCAGAAACCUAGAGGCAUGGGGUGGUUUAAUGGGACCAGGUUACAACUACUACGAGAGGGGUAAUCUCGACAUUUUCAGUGGCAAAGCACCGUGUCUUCCGAGCCCAAUCUGUUCGUUGAAUCUUACCUCUGACGGCUCCGGUGACCACCACGGCUGGUAUGUUAACUACGUGGAAGUCACGACGGCCGGAGUUCACGCUAAGUGCGCGUACCAAACCUUCGAUGUUGAGCAAUGGCUUGCGACCGAUACGUCGCCUUAUGAGCUCACCGCAGUUCGGAACAACUGCCCCAAGGUUUCAAUUAGGGAGAGUGUCGCUCGUGUCGGGUCUGAGAUCCGAAAGACUCUGUCUUGGAUCGUCUGAGAUCUGUGGAUGAACGUCUACUUUUGUAACUUGGAGACUUGUUUUCUUUGUCGUCUUUUGAACGUGUGCUGGUAAUAAUGAAAAUGAUUCGAUCGAAUAAAAAGUUAUGUUCUUUG